UGUGACGUAUAUCAAAUAAAUUUGGAAAAGUCUGAUAAGAGUGAAUUAUCGUCUGGACUGCUGGAUUUCUCGGCACCAUGACGAUCUACAAAGUGAUACCACAAGACAAGAAAGAAGAGAAGAAAGUUUUAGAGAAAGAUGUGCUGACUGUCCCAUUGACUGAUGCAGAGAACGCAGAGCCAGUACAAGUGAAUGUCCGACAGCAGAGGUCGAAAACAUGGUUGAAUCUGUUCCUCAUUCUUAUUGCAUUGCUGGUUUUGGCCACAGGGGCAACAGCUGGCUACUACCUGUACAAGAACCACAUGUCUCCCAACAAGCUUAAACAUGCCAAAGGACGAUGCUCCUUUAUUUUGAGGAAAGCCGAGGAGAGUCCCACUAGUCAGAUGUUCCAAGACACCAGCAACCUUCCUAGGAUUGACGAUGGCGGUCUAACUGUUCCUGAUGAGCGUCCAUCUCGCAAACACCACCACCGUAAACAUCGUAAACAUCAUCAUGGCCCAUUCUUCACCACAGUAAAAAUGGAGGAGGAGAUUGAGGUCACUGAUAAUAUCUAUGAACGUAUCAGCAUGCCACAAAUUGAUGAUAUACUCAAGUCUCUCAUUCUGCAUGACUUUGAAAGGAACAAGUCUGCCAUUGUUGACUACCACGACAAAGUGUGCUAUGUGAUGAACCUUAACAGAAAUGAAGUUUCGCCUCCCAGGAACCUCAUUGAUCUCCUCAAUAAAAUCAACUCUGGUUACUAUCUUCCACGAGCAAAUGUACUCAGGAGGAAGUACAGAGUGGUGAGCCCUGCUCUGAAGAAUAUUGCCAGUCUGGGACCCUACAUUGUGAACGAAUGUAGCACAUACAAGACCUUCCAGCUGAUGAGGAUUGCUGGAGAUGAUGAAAUGAUGAGUCGGUUGAUUGUGAAGAGAAGUGCUGGAGAGGUCAUACAAGAGAAGAAAUAUGGCUACUAUGAACAUCACUCCAACUCCUUCUUAGAGUAUGAUAUCACCCAGGACUUCGCAAAAAGCUUCUAAAGAUGUUAGUGUUAGCAGCACUCUGUAUAUAUAUAUAUGUAUGUAUAACCCCCAGACAAUGGCCACUAUCACAUCAUUUAGCGAUCAAUCUUAACCGUGUGCUACACUUGUAGCAGGGCGCUAUCCUUUCUUAGCCGUUGUGGACAACCAUCUGUGGAGGUUGUAAAUGAAUUUAGCCAAGAAUGAUGUCAAGAGACUCAGCUUAAAAAAAACUUCACUGCAAAAGAUCACUUCAGAUUCAAACCGGAGUAUUCGGUAGCACACUUUUGUCCUGCUGUGUCGUAUUUAGACUCGUUCUUGUACAGAGGCGUCUGUUAUUGGUCAUUGUGGUAUUAUUAACAAAGAAUCCUAGCAGAGAAGUCACAAGACACGUGCAAGAGUGUUUAUGUUAGUGGAUGAGAGUUUGUGUACAGGUCGUCAGGUGUUUUUGCUUGUCAUAUUUGUAUUUUUUUUUUUUUAUUUGACCAUCUUAGGCACUUCUUGUGCAAACUGUAAAUAUGAAAAGUAAUAUUGAGAUGAAAUAUGCGUACAUUCACUCUUUUAACUUUUUCCAGUUUUUGCAAUCAGGCAAGUUUUGCUCAAAUUAAUACAAAGAUAAAAGUGUGAUGAACGGAUCAAAGACGUAGAACUAUGUACAAAAUGGAAGUUUCAUACUGAGCCUAAACUGAAAUAUUGACCUAUUAUUGCCUAAACAUAGUAAUCAGAAAAAAAAUCUUGUACUAAAAUAUUAAUUGAGAUUUUUGCCGAUUGGUGACUUUCAUUGUUUGAGUAUUGAACAUUGCAUCUUCUCUUUCUUGUUCAUUUAUGAAAACAUAAUAUGGAAAGGUGUAGCUUGAAAGACUAAAUAAAACAGAAGUUACAAACAAAACCUUUGUGAAGAAGAAGAAAUUUCUUACCUAUAACCUAAGUGUAAAUUUCUAGGUAGGGUUUUAACAGUAGGAUAUUAUUUCUUGCUGAUUUCAUUGUUAUUUUAAUGAAAUAUCAGAAAAAAAAUUAAUACAUCAAAAUAAUUUUGUUUUAUGAAAAAUUUUAUUCUUUUUUUUAACUGUUAAGACAAUAAAUGUGUUUUUGAGUUAAGCACUCUUGUAGAGGGGAAUCUAUAAGAUAACGCUUCAUUAGCGAGAUAUAUAUUUAUAUUAAAGCCUGUUGUAGUUUUCUAUCCUGUGUAGCAUGGUGGUUUGUAUCAUCACAAUGCUGAGUUAGCAUUAAGUGUUGUUCCCAGGUGGGACCAUUGCAAUGGAAGUGUUAUUAUAUUUCAAAUUUUCUGCGUUUUUGUAUCCAUGCAUGAUAUCCAAGGAAAAUGUAUUUUCUCUGCAAGUUGUCUCCCUUCCAACAUGCUCUCAGACUGAAAAUUGAGGGCUUUGCCAUUUUUCCCCACAACUUGAUGUAAAAAAAUAUUAACAUAGUAUAAUGAUCUUUUAAAGAAUUUAAUGUCUUGCUUUGAAUUACAGAACAGACAUAGUUGGGGCGAUGUUUAAAUAAAAAAAUAAACUUGUGUCAUAGUAUCAUUUGUUUUUUAAUCUACCAUUUCUUUAUACAUUUCAUCAUACAUCUCUUUGUUGUUUCAAUAUUUGUUUUAUCAUCACUCUAAUUGGAAUUGUAAACACAAACUACUUUCACCUAUGAUGGAAGGCUAGUUAGAAAGGACUAUGAUAAGGCUGGGGUACAGUCAUGUUUUUUCAAUGAACAGCUAUUUGUUUGUCAUUGUAAUUUGUAUACGUCCCCCAACUACGAUGUUUAUUGUCAGUGUUGAUGUUACUUGCAGUAUGUAGAUUUUCAACUCGUACAUAGCUGUUUUCAAUCAGUUUAAAGAACACCUUGUAUUUGUUUCCGAAACAAUUACAUUGGCUUCUGUAUCUUUGGAGAAUAGGGGAGAAGUUUGAUUUCUCUGGGAUUGGAGCUCUGUGUACAAAGUUUCAGGACAUGCAUACAUCAGAAAACAUGAAAAUGGAGGGAGGAAAAAUUGUUGAGAAUGAAGAAUGAUUAAGGUGCAGAGACUUGUGAUAACCGGGAUUAAUUUUAUUCAAUAAUAAAAAGUUUUACAAUGAUAUAUAUUUUUUGUACAUAUUGUAAUUUAUCAGGCAUAAUUUUGACCUUUUUUGAUAUAAGGGAGGUAAUUUUAAUUGUAUUCGAGGGUCGAGUUAAUUAACGAAGGACAGAAGGUAUAGAUGUAUGAGAGUACAUAAUGGAGAACAGGCAGAACAACUUAAACAGAAGAUGUAGAUUUUUUACAUAUAGACAGAGCUUAUUUAGUAAGGACAGAGAAAUGGCAUUGUUGAUUACAAUUGGUUUGGGACAUAAAGGAAAGUACAAAAUGCAAUAUGUAAUUUUUUGUUUCGCUUUGUUUGUUUUUGUUUGUUUUGUUUUGUUUUUUUUUCCACGGCCAUUUUGUAUACUGACACUUCCACAUGUGCUAUAAAUGGAGGUUCAGAAUUCUGUGCUAGUAGAAAAUAAUUUUACAACCAUAUAGCAUCUGGAUAAUGAAGAAAUGUAGAUAAUGGAAGUAGGGAACCAUUUUUAGCAUGAACAUGAUGACACAACAUUUUUCCUGUGUUUGGGUUUUAAAACAUGUUCUGUGUUUGUAACAAAAAGAUUUGAUUCCUGAACUUUCAGAUAGAAUUUUGUACUUUCCUUCUUGUCCAUUUUUGUUAUUCUUCCCCUUCUAGACUCUCCUCUUCUGUCGUUCCUAAACAUCUUAUUUAUCAUAUUGUCAUUUUGUAUUCUAAUACAUUGUAUAUUGAAAUCUUUUAAUAAAAGUUGAUUGUUCAA